UCAAGUUCUGAUUCCUUUCUAUUUAUCCUCCUUUAGAGUUGUUUCAGAACAAGUCUGCAGCCUGGAACCAUGGAUAAGGCCAAUUCUUCAGUGGUGUCUGAGUUUGUACUGUUGGGACUCUGUAGUUCUCAAAAACUCCAGCUUUUCUAUUUUGUUUUCUUCUCUAUGUUGUAUAUGGUCAUUGUGCUGGGAAAUCUUCUCAUUAUCCUCACAGUGACUUUUGAUACCAGCUUGCACUCCCCUAUGUACUUUCUCUUGGGAAACCUUUCCUUUAUUGACAUUUGUCAGGCUUCUUUUGCUACCCCUAAGAUGAUUGCAGAUUUUCUGAGUGAACACAAGACCAUAUCUUUCAGUGGCUGCAUAGCCCAAAUUUUCUUCAUUCACCUUUUUACUGGAGGGGAGAUGGUGCUACUUGUUUCGAUGGCCUAUGACAGGUAUGUAGCCAUAUGCAAACCCUUAUACUAUGUGAUCAUCAUGAGCCGAAGGACAUGCACUGUCUUGGUAACGAUAUCCUGGGCUGUGGGCUUGGUGCACACAUUAAGCCAGUUAUCAUUUACUGUGAACUUGCCUUUCUGUGGACCUAAUGUAGUAGACAGCUUUUUUUGUGAUCUUCCUCGGGUGACCAAACUUGCCUGCUUGGACUCUAACAUCAUUGAAAUACUAAUUGUGGUCAAUAGUGGAGUUCUUUCUCUAAGCACUUUCUCUCUCUUGGUCAGCUCCUACACCAUUAUUCUUGUCACGGUUUUGCUCAAGUCUUCAGCUGCAACGGCAAAGGCAUUUUCUACGCUGGCUUCCCAUAUUGCAGUAGUAAUAUUAUUCUUUGGACCUUGCAUCUUCAUCUAUGUAUGGCCCUUUACCAUCUAUCCUGUGGAUAAAUUACUUGGCAUAUUUUACACUGUUUUCACCCCCAUAUUAAACCCCAUUAUUUACACACUAAGGAAUAGGGACAUGAAGGCUGCCAUAAGGAAAAUUGUGAACUAUUACCUGAGGUCAAGGAUACUUUCUGAAAUGUCACUAGUAGUGAGAGCUUCCCUUCAUUAAGACAAAAUUCCUUCAAAUUCCUCAGGUCAAUACCCUGUUUAAUAUUUUAAGCCUUUUUUGUGGUGUAUCUCAAUUGUGGGGAAAGUUGUGAAGAAGAUACUAUAGAGAAUAUUCAAUGAAUAUUAACAAGUCUUUUUCUAGGUAUCAAGUGAAAGUGAAAUAUCAAAAACAUGGAAAAAUCACUGUUUAGAUUACUGGUUCCAGAAAUAAAAUAUGGGUACUAGAUGGAUAAUAUGUAUGCAUUUACUGCUUUUGUUACAGGGAAAUGUAAAUAUGAUGAAAAAAAGCAACGAGAACCUAAUUCUUUGGUGGACAUACAUUCAA